GGCGGCGGCGCCUUCGGUGACGUCACGCGUCUCCCCGCCAACCGCCCCCGCUACCGACCAAUCGGAGCGCGGCCGGCUCGCCGUGCGCCCACCAAUCAGCGGGCGCGCGCACGUUUGAAGCAACGGAAGUGACGUCGUAGCAACGCGCCAGCCUCCAUUUCCUUUUGCACAGUGGCAAGAUGGUGAACGUGCCGAAGCAGCGGCGGACCUUUUGCAAGGGAAAGUGCAAGAAGCACACCCUCCACAAGGUGACACAGUAUAAGAAGGGCAAGGAUUCCCUUUACGCCCAAGGAAAGAGGCGUUACGACCGUAAGCAGCAGGGGUACGGCGGACAGACCAAGCCCAUCUUCAGGAAAAAGGCCAAGACCACCAAGAAGAUUGUGCUGCGCAUGGAGUGCACCGAGUGCAAGAACCGCAAGCAGCUGCCCAUCAAGCGCUGCAAGCACUUCGAGAUCGGCGGAGACAAGAAACGCAAGGGACAAAUGAUCCAGUUCUAAUCCACCAGUGUAAAGUAUGCCGACUUGUAAUAAUAAAAAGAAAAACUCCAUCGGA